UCUGGGUUUGUUUUGGAGACAGAUCGAGCAGGCUGACGAUAGCAGAUCUAACGUAAUUAGCUUGCAUGCUAUCGUCCGUGGAAACGAGAAUAAGCGCUGAUCUGGCUACUUUAUCUAAACGUUGGUUGACUAACAGCACAACGGGCAUAUAUUCCAUUUACAGGUCGUGUGGAUCAGUUAAAUGAAAGCAGGAUCAUCAUGUCAUUUAGAGAUUUAAGGAAUUUCACAGAAAUGAUGCGGGCCCUGGGAUAUCCUCGACUGAUAUCCAUGGAAAAUUUCAGAUCGCCUAACUUUACCCUGGUGGCUGAGAUCCUGAUCUGGUUGGUGAAAAGAUAUGAGCCGCAGAUGGAUAUUCCCAGUGAUGUCGAUUCAGAGUCUGACCGGGUUUUCUUCAUUAAAGCCGUUGCUCAGUUCAUGGCUACGAAAGCUCACAUCAAGCUGAACACCAAGCGGCUGUACCAGGCAGAUGGCUACGCAGUGAAGGAGAUGCUGAAGAUAACCUCUGUGUUGUACAGUGCCAUGAAGACCAAGGAAAUGGCCUCAGGGGACAAGGUUGAGGAGGACAGCAGCAAGUUCAAGUUUGACCUCGGAUCUAAGAUUGCUGACUUGAAAGCAGCAAGACAGCUGGCAUCAGAGAUCACAUCUAAAGGAGCCACGUUAUAUGACCUGCUGGGGAAGGAGGUGGACCUGAGGGAAAUGAGGACCGCUGCAAUCGCAAGACCCCUGGAGAUCAAUGAGACGGAGAAGGCUUUGAGAGCGGCCAUAAAGGAUGUCCUGGAAAAUGUCCAGAGGACGAACGAUAUGUUGAACAAUGUGUCAUUGGAUGAAUCCAGCCUGGAGGCGAAGAUUGAGAAAAAGAAGCAGGAGCUGGAGAGAAACCAGAAGCGCCUGCAGACACUGCAGAGUGUGCGCCCCGCGUUCAUGGACGAGUACGAGAAGAUAGAGGAGGACCUGCAGAGGCAGUAUGAGAUUUAUGUGGAGAAGUUCCGCAACCUGAGCUUCCUUGAGCAGCAGCUGGAGGACUACCACCGUCUGGAGCAGGAGAGGUUUGAGGAGGCAGAGAACAGCCUUAGAAUGAUGCAGCACAAGCUGAGGGAGGAGGAGAGGUCUCUGGUGAAGAACGGAGUGAAAGAUGAAGAUUCGGACAUGGACAUCCCGGAGGACGAGGGCUCAGACAGUGACAUAGAGGAACACAGGCCCUCUAAACCUCGCCCAGGCAGAAACCCCAUGCCAGGAAGAGCUGGAGCCCGGUUUGUGGGUACAAUGCAUGGAGGAGACAGUGAAGAGGAGGAUUCCGAGGACAGCGAAAUAGACGUGGAUGAGGAUGAUGAGGAUGAGGACGGGGAGGAGGAAGAGAACGAGGAUUUGGAGGAUGACAAUGACAGUCUGGAGGUGCCAGUGCCCAAGCCCUCCCGGCCACCCCGUGCAGGCCACCGCCCCGAACUACUGGAAGAGAGUGACAAUGACUUCUGAGACAUGGCUACUUUAUGCUCAGCAAGAAGCACAUGCACACAAACACUACAUACUCCAUUACAGUCAUUUAAGAACCUUCCAGUCAACACAAACAUGCAGGUGUAUGCUCCCUGUUGGACCAUAAUAAACUUGCAUAAAUACGAUAACAUAAAUUGAAGCACAUUAUGUGAACAUGCCUGCAUAUGUGAAGGUUUACAGUUCUUUCAUGUUGUGUGGCUGUAGAGUACGGCUUAUCAAGGGGUCACGAGUAUGUGCAUAUGGCAGUGGACCAAAUAUGGUAGUGACAAAAAUUGUCAUGAAAAUCUAAAAGUUAAAUUUGGUGGUCUCGUCAGCCUCUUACAUGCAGCCAGUAUUGUCAGUAUAAAUGAAAAGACGCUGGGGGAAGAGUGAGUUUGGUUAUACGAUUGCCUUACUGUUUGUGUGUUUCAGAGUAUGUUAUGGUGACCUAAAGCCUGCAUUUUGUAGUCAGGAAAUAGCCUCUAGAUGCUAUUUGUGUAGUGUUGGUUGUU